AUGGUAGACGUCUGUUUAAAACAUGGAGCAAACCCAAGCAACAGGGGAGGUCCUGGGGUAACUGGCCUAAUGCUAGCGUGUGAGAAGCUAAAUGAUCUUUUAAUAUAUCCACCUGUGGUGGAACAGGUGGUGUCGUUACUCUUGAAGCACGGAGCUGAAGUGAAUCAACAGGAUUUUUAUGGGCGUACUGCGCUUCACUAUGCAUUUAAAUGCAUACAUGACAAUCAUCGUUUUCUAUUAAAAAACCUUGCUCAAAAACAACGUAUUGUUAAAAUCCUUAUUCAGCACAACGCAAACAUUUAUCUAAAAGAUUCGUCUGGACUUUCCGCCAUUGAUAUGGCUAAGCGUGAGGAACACGAAUCUUGGUUAAAAACCGACGAAGCAUCAUUGACAGGGACAUGAUAGAGAUCGUGCUCCGAAGAAAACUAAAGCCAGCUUCAAUCUGAACGAGUCCCUUAUUCAAAAGAAAGCGAGACUCGCACGAGAAACUCUUUGUCUUUGGAAAACUUGCAUCUGAUAAAAAUCUUAAACUUUCUCUAUUACUUGGAACCCAAAAACUAACCUUAGCAACCAACGCACGUAUGAACUUUCAAUUACGUAGACCAAUCAUUAAAUUUAAAAGACUUUCUAUUCCAUCCAUGCUAUACCGUACUUAUCGUCGUAAUCAAGACAGUUGUUGUAUGUAAAUAGCAAACAUAUAAGUAAUUUUACU